GUUUGAUCAACUGAAAAUAAAUAUAUGUCUUAUCAAAAACUGCACGUACGCAACUGAAGACUAGAUAAUUGAUAUUGACAUGUAGUCAAGUGGUCAUCAGAUAGUUAAUAUAUAACACUAAAAAAAUUAUGAAGUGCUUUAUACGAAUGCAUCAGAUGUAUAUUGAUGACUACGGGAUUGAAAUAUUAAGAUACAAUUGAAAUUAUGUCAUCUUUUAAAUGGAAAACAAAGAUAUCGUUUAAAAUAUAUAGCCAGUAUAAAUUGAUAUACAUUCAAUUUGAUUAUCCGCCAAAAGAGACAGAUUUUCAUGAGUUCAAAGUGCAAUUAGUGGAACUUGACAAGGCGGGGUAUGACGCGAAACUUGUAAAAUCUGUCAAUAUCAAACAGAAUGAAUACGUUUUUGAGAAUUUGCAGCCAGGUCGAUACAAAGUAAAAGUUGGACCCCAAAAUUGCAAUGCCUGUGGUUGGACUGCAACAAGACCUCUCAUAAUAGAAAACAUACCUUCGAAGAACAUAGCAUCAGAGGGAAAUCCAUACCCAACUACCGAGAGCAUACAGACAUUAACUUCGUUACCAGUCACACCCACAGGGGAAAUUACAUCACAGGAAAAUCCAUAUACCGAAAAAGAUUCAACAUUUGCUGAAACUCUUGCAUCAUCAGCACAUACUGAGACAAUAACAUCGGAUGGAAAGAUAUAUACCACUACUGACAGCACCUAUACUACAACGUCUGUGUUAGUUCAACAUACAGGGAAAAUAAAAUCACAGAAAAUUCUACAUACCGAAAAAAACGCAACUCUUGCUAAAACUUCUCCAUUAUCCUCAACACAUACACAGAACAUAACAUCUGAUGGAGAUUCCUAUACCACCAUUGACAACACCCGUAAUGCAGCUUCAUUAAGAUUUGCAUAUACUCGGGAGAUAACGUCAUUGAGUUCAGUUUCAUGGACCAGUCAGAAAACAGGAAUUAUUGUUGGCGCUGUACUUGGAACUUUACUUGGUAUAUUGCUAGUAUUUAUUUUGGUCUACAAUGUGUACAUUGGUAGGAAAAGAAAGCAUGAGCUUAAAAAGAUCGUCUUAGAGACGCAUGCCCAACACGAAGAACCUUCGGAUACUACCAUUAUGACGUGUGCGGUUGGAGAAACCAAAGAUGAUCUCCUCAAAUUUCCUAAAGUAUUCAUAGUAAAUGCAGAAGAUCAUCUACCACAUGUGAAAGCUGUCGAAGCCUUUGUUAAAUUUCUAGAUGUUCAAUGUCACUGCGACGUAAUGUAUGCUCCGUGGUGUCUUCGUGAAUAUCAAGAUAAUAAAUCUAAAUGGGUCAUCAACUCCAUUGACAAGGCCGAUUUUGUCAUUAUCGUGAACUCGGACCUAACUUACCACCAAUUUAAAUCCUGGAAGAACCAGGAAAAUAAAUGUGGUAAAUCAACAGACACAAAUCAAACACUUGAGUGUUUAAUGAUGCCGCCAAUAAGUCAAAUUACUGAAUGUAUUAUAAAUGGUAACAAUCCAUUCAAAUACAUAGUUGUACAUUUUAGUUACACUGCUGACAACUUAUCCCUGGACGAGCUGUGCACAGGAGCAGACUAUUUAAUUCCAAAACAUAUUCACGAGUUAAUAUGCCAAAUACAUCAAAUGGAUACCCGUCGUGUCGGUUACUGCAGUAUUGGGUAUUUUGCAGAUCUUUUGUCCGACACCACAGAAGGGCAAGAUUUGACAGAAUGUAUCGCAUCAGCAGCAAUUUAUGAUGAACAAUGGGUAUAUAAAAAUUUUGGGACCUAUGGGCAGUGUGAAUCUGCUAUUGAUAUUCACUUUAAUUCUUUUGAAAGUGUUGAUUGUGAUAAACCAGUAAACGAAUCCUUCAUUGAUUACAAUAUAAGUGCACACAUUCCACCAUCUUCUCAAAAUCAAAACAAUGUCACUCAAGAGAACGCACUUAGGCAGGAUUCAUUCGAAGACAAUAAUGCUAUUGCUAUUACAGACAUUUUGUAUCAUCAAACGUUACAGAAUUGUUAUUCAGUGAAUGAUAACUUCAGCUUUAAAGCCCCAAGUGAUACUGACAAUGACGAUGUUUUGAGUCAGAACUUACACCAACAAAUAUAUGACCUAAACAAAAGAAUGAUGGACCCACGCUACGAAAAUGAUAUGAUGCCUUACUGCCAACAAGCAGUGCAGUUAAGUCACGAAGAUGAGGCCAUAAGCUUGGGAGGUCAGAGCGUGUGAAUCUUGAAUUAUCAUGUAGUCUAGAAUGGUUGAAAUGUAAAGUUCUACUGUACUUAUUAUAUUCUUUCAAAAUAUCUAAACGUAUAUCA